UGAUAGAACGAAAUCUGGUCGUCAUUGAAGAUAAUUGAUAAUAGCUAUAUGAAUCUAUGAUCAGUGUGUUGUGAAUAUAUAUGGAGAGAAGCUACAGCGCAGGAAGAGGAGGAAUGAAGUAUCCUUACGAAAAUGCGGUUAUGAUGUCCAGAGAUCCUAAGCCAUGGCUCCGGUGGACUUCUGAUCUUCACGAACGAUUUGUUGAUGCGGUUACUAAGUUGGGAGGCACACACAAAGCAACUCCAAAGUCAGUGCUGAAAGUAAUGGGGGUAAAGGGCUUGACAUUGUACCACUUGAAGAGCCACUUACAGAAGUUUAGGUUAGGCCAACAACAAGCCAAGAAACAGAUUGCAUCAUUGAUACAUGAUCAAAAUCAUAAUGAACAACACAUUGGUCAGUCACUUAUUUCAUCUUCUAAAUCGAAAUUUCAUUGAAUUAUUGAACUUUCUUUUGUGUGUUUGUGUGUGCAGGAGAUGUAUAUUCACCAACCUCGAGUACUAGUCACAAUCUUUAUUCAAGUGAAUUGAGGUACCAGAUUCAAGUUGAGAAAGAAAUGAAGGAUCAAUUUGAGGUACAAAGUAAGUUACAGAUGAGAAUAGAGGCUCAAGGCAAGUAUUUGCAAUCCAUAUUGGACAAAGCUCACAAUACCAUAACCAUUAUGGAUAUCAAUUGCCCAACUGCUCAAUCUUCAACAUCUUUGAAAUGUCACUCCCUAAUCAAAUG